CGGUGGUGGCAGCGGCGACAAGCGGCGGCGAGUGGCGACACAGUGCCACCUCCUCGAUUCUAGGGAAUCGAGCGGUUGGUCGGUCGUGGAGCGCGAGAGGUGCGCGAGAAUGUCCGAGAGAGCGGCCUGAAAGCGCGGAUAAAUGUGUCGGUCGCGUUACAAGACGUGAGGCGCGAACGAGAGAAAGAGUGAGAGAGAGAAAGAGGGAAAGAACGAGAGAAAGAGUGAGAGAGAGAGAGAGAGAGAGAGAGAGAGAGCGAAAGAGAAGGAUAGAAAGAGAGAGAGAGUGUGCGUGAGUGGAGGGAGGGAGAGUGUUCGCGAGCGCGCGCGCGGGGGCAGCCAGAGGAGCGCACGGCACAGCGAGCGAGUUUAUUUUUAGUGGCAGAAGGUGAAGAAGGCGGGCGAGGAGCAUCGCGCGGAGUGGUAUUAAGCGGCAGCACAGUGGCCCGAUGAAGCGGCGUAUGUGACAUCGGGUUUUCCUCUCUCUUGCCACCGUCGAGGAAGAAGAGACACCGCGCAGACAUCUUGCUGCCACCGUCCACGCCGUUGGCCCUCCAUUUACUUGGAGGCCAGUGGAGCAGCGACGCCAGAGAAUAAUACGAGCUGUGGUAGCUUUUUUGGGAACGUAACAGUAGUUGGUCUCGGCCAACGAAGGUAAGCUGGAUAUCAUGGCGACGAUAGACGGUCGGCCGGCUCAAUAUGGUGUCACACUUAAGCAACUCCGCGAGCUCAUGGAGGUCCGGGGUCGCGAAGGUGUCAACAAAAUCAAUGGCUACGGUGGUGUGCAGGAGAUUUGUAAAAAGCUGUAUACUUCACCCAAUGAAGGGCUUAGUGGGACAGCAAUGGACGUGCAACAUAGGCGAGAGACAUACGGUUCCAAUAUGAUACCUCCAAAACCACCAAAAACAUUUUUACAGUUAGUAUGGGAAGCAUUGCAAGAUGUCACGUUAAUCAUCUUAGAAGUAGCAGCAUUGGUUUCAUUAGGUCUUAGCUUUUAUCAUCCUGCUGAUGAGGAAAAAAAAUCUGCAAAUAUAGAAGAGGAGGAAACAAAAUACGGUUGGAUUGAAGGACUCGCUAUAUUGAUUUCUGUAAUUGUGGUGGUCUUAGUGACGGCGUUUAAUGAUUAUUCCAAGGAGAGGCAAUUUAGAGGUCUUCAAAGUCGGAUAGAGGGAGAACACAAGUUCUCGGUUAUACGCCAAGCAGAAGUGAAACAAAUUUCCGUGUCAGACAUUGUUGUGGGUGACAUUUGUCAGAUAAAAUAUGGAGACCUGUUGCCUGCAGACGGUAUUCUUAUACAAAGCAACGAUCUCAAAGUGGAUGAAUCCAGUCUGACUGGAGAGUCAGAUCAUGUAAAGAAAGGGGAAUCGUUCGAUCCUAUGGUACUUUCAGGUACGCACGUGAUGGAGGGCUCUGGAAAAAUGUUAGUUACUGCAGUAGGUAUUAACUCCCAGGCGGGUAUUAUCUUUACUUUACUGGGCGCUGCUGUUGAUCAACAGGAGCAAGAAAUCAAGAAAAUGAAGAAAGAGGCUAAAAAGCAGCGGAAGAAGAAGUCAUUACCAGGAGAGGAGUCGGUAGAGAUUACCGGGAACAGUCACGUGACGGGAGGUGGCGGCGGCGGCGGUGGUGGCGGCGGUGGCGGCGUCGCCGGAGGCGGCGGCGGUGUCAAGCACGAGGGCGGCGAGAAUCACCACGUGUCCGCACCCGUGAGCGCGGAGAGCGGGAAGAAAGAGAAGAGUGUUCUGCAAGCCAAGCUAACUAAACUCGCCAUACAGAUCGGUUACGCCGGCUCGACCAUCGCGGUGCUCACUGUCGUCAUUCUAAUCAUACAGUUCUGCGUGACGACCUUCGUCAUAGAGGGCAAGCCGUGGCGAAAUACGUACGCCGGUGAUCUGGUGCGGCAUCUGAUCAUCGGUGUCACGGUGCUCGUAGUCGCCGUACCCGAGGGUCUUCCUUUGGCCGUCACCUUGUCGCUCGCUUAUUCCGUCAAGAAAAUGAUGAAGGACAACAACCUGGUGCGUCAUUUGGACGCCUGCGAGACCAUGGGUAAUGCCACCGCCAUUUGCUCGGACAAGACCGGCACUCUGACCACGAACCGCAUGACCGUGGUACAAUCGUACAUAUGCGAGAAGAUGUGCAAGACGACGCCGAAUUUCUCGGACAUACCGAGCCAUAUCGGUGAAAUAAUCAUACAAGCCAUCUCCAUCAAUUCGGCGUACACGUCGCGGAUAAUGGAGUCGCAGGACCCUACCGAAUUGCCGAUGCAGGUUGGAAACAAAACCGAAUGUGCCUUACUUGGAUUCGUAUUAGCCCUGGGCAAGAAAUAUCAAACUGUGCGGGACGACUAUCCUGAGGAAACCUUUACGCGGGUGUAUACGUUUAAUAGCGUAAGAAAGAGCAUGUCCACCGUUAUCCCCAGAAAGGGUGGUGGAUUCAGGCUCUUCACCAAGGGCGCUUCCGAGAUCAUCAUGAAGAAAUGUGCCUUUAUAUAUGGUCGCGAGGGUCAUCUGGAGACGUUUACCAGAGAUAUGCAAGAGCGUCUAGUAAAGAAUGUGAUCGAACCCAUGGCAUGCAACGGGCUGCGUACCAUCUCCAUCGCUUAUCGCGAUUUUGUUCCUGGCAAGGCGGAAAUUAAUCAAGUUCACAUCGAAAACGAGCCCAACUGGGACGACGAGGAGAAUAUAGUGAACAACCUCACCUGCCUGUGCAUCGUCGGUAUCGAGGAUCCGGUACGUCCCGAGGUACCGGACGCGAUCAGAAAAUGCCAAAAGGCCGGCAUCACCGUGCGCAUGGUUACGGGUGACAAUAUAAACACCGCGCGAUCCAUCGCGCUCAAAUGCGGUAUCCUGAAGCCGAACGAAGACUUCCUCAUUCUGGAGGGUAAGGAGUUCAACCGCAGGAUCAGAGACAGUAACGGCGAAGUGCAGCAACAUCUGCUAGACAAAGUGUGGCCGAAACUGCGAGUACUGGCCAGAUCGUCGCCCACCGACAAGUAUACCUUGGUGAAGGGCAUCAUCGACAGCAAGUCGACCGAAAGCCGCGAGGUCGUGGCGGUAACCGGUGACGGCACAAACGACGGUCCGGCCUUAAAGAAGGCCGACGUCGGUUUUGCCAUGGGUAUCGCCGGCACGGACGUCGCCAAGGAGGCGUCCGACAUUAUAUUGACGGACGAUAACUUCUCGUCGAUCGUGAAGGCAGUCAUGUGGGGCAGAAACGUAUAUGACAGCAUCGCCAAGUUUCUGCAAUUUCAGUUGACCGUUAACGUGGUCGCCGUGAUUGUCGCCUUCAUCGGUGCUUGUGCCGUGCAAGACUCGCCGCUUAAGGCAGUGCAGAUGUUGUGGGUAAACCUAAUCAUGGACACGUUAGCGUCCCUCGCCUUGGCCACCGAAAUGCCUACGCCCGAUCUACUCCUCCGUAGACCGUACGGUCGCACAAAACCACUCAUUUCCAGGACAAUGAUGAAAAAUAUUCUCGGUCAAGCCUUUUAUCAGUUGAGCGUAAUUUUCACGCUUCUUUUCGCCGGUGAUCUGAUGCUUGACAUCGACACGGGUCGCGGAGUGGCGGCGGCAGGCGGUGGGCCCACGCAACAUUUCACCAUCAUCUUCAACACGUUCGUCAUGAUGACUCUCUUCAACGAAUUCAACGCUAGGAAAAUUCAUGGUCAACGCAAUGUCUUCCAGGGAAUAUUCACCAACCCCAUCUUCUAUUCGAUUUGGAUCGGCACGUGUCUCUCGCAAGUGGUCAUCAUACAAUACGGUAAAAUGGCAUUCAGCACCAGAGCGCUCGAGUUAGACCAGUGGUUGUGGUGCCUGUUCUUCGGAAUCGGUACGCUACUAUGGGGCCAAAUAGUUACGACUAUUCCUACACGCCGAAUUCCCAAAAUUCUUUCAUGGGGCCGCGGCCAGCCGGAUGAUAUCGGUGCGAUCAAUCUAGGAGAUGAGAAAUUCGACCCUGACUCGGAUAAAAAGCCGCGCGCAGGACAAAUUCUAUGGAUCCGUGGUCUAACACGGCUACAGACACAGACGAGCAAUAGAACUCUGGUGCAGAAUGUAUCUGUGACAGGCAGAUCCCCUUCUCAGGAUUACUACAUGGUGAUAGGUGGCGAGUUGCAGGAACGUUUGAUACCGGUACCCUACAGCAAGAGUUCGACAGACCAAGCUAUCCGCGUAGUGAACGCAUUUCGGCAGGGCCUAGACACGCGCUACGGCGAGCACAGCAGCACCACCCUGGCGGAGGUACUGAGGAAGCAGUCGUCCCUGAGCAAACGACUCUCGCAGACGAGCAGCAUCGAGUACGCCGACAACAUACCGGACGAGCUCACCAUACCGGAGAUCGACGUCGAGAGGCUCUCGAGUCACAGUCACACCGAGACUGCCGUUUAGAGACGACGCCGCCGCGUCGUCAGUAGCGACGCCUACUACCAAUCACUACGAGUACGCCGACGACGACGAUGACGACGACGACGACGACGACGACGACGAUGACGACGACGACGACGACGUCUUCGCCACCCUCCCGCGCCCGUCGUCUCCCCGUGGCCGUCGAUCGCUCACAGAGUCGAAAGCAGGGGGCUCACAGAACGAGGGGGGAAGAGACCGAGAGAAAGAGUGAUGUAGGAGAAAGAGGAGGUACGGGAAAGAGAGGAGGAGCGGAGUGGAGGAUCCAUUCACGGUUGAUAACAAGAGGGAGGGGUCGCAUCGUGGUCCGAGAGGAGGUCCGGGGAAAUCACCCUGUCUUCCUCUCACGCGACGAGGACGACCACUCCGAGGCCGCGACCUCGAGGCCCGUUCCGGGGACCGACCGGUCGUCGAUCGCUGCCGGAUCCAUCCGCCGAUCCGUGCGAGACAUCAAUUAUAAAUAUUACCCCAAAGUAACGCACCACUGCCUCUCCCAUACGCAGUUCAGUUGUUACAUAACGCCUCCCUUGCGUUUCCUCACCGUACCACCUUGUGUCUCUUUUUGUGUUUCUCGUUUUAUCGCGUGUGUGCGCGUGUGAGUGUGUGUGUGUGUGUGUGUGUGUGUGUGUAUGCGUGUGCGUUCGUUGAAUCCUUUCGUUCUUUGACGCACCGCUGUGUGAAAGAAGCGCGACGACGGCCGCACGAAGGGAGACGCGGAAGGGAAGGAAAAGAGAGGAGAAAAAAAGGAAUACAGAAGUCGAAAGGGAGAGAGAGAGAGAGAAAAAGAGAGAGAGAUAGGGAGGGAGGAAAAGAGAAAAAGAGAAAGAUUUGAGGUCGAGUUUUGAUGAUAUGUAGAUAUGUAAGAUACAGUUGGUACCCUUAAGUUGGUACAAAUCAUUCUUGACUCUUCUUCUUUCUUAUCUUCAUCUCUUCGUUGCUUCUUCCUUCUCGAUUCUCUCUUUCUUCUUCUUCGUCGCGUAAGACUUUCUCUCUCUCUCUCUCCCCCCCCUUACUCUCGCUCUCUUUCUGCGCUUUGUAUUUAUCUGUCUCUCUAUUUCUCUCUCUUCCUUCCCUGUCGUAUUAAUGUAUUGUUAUUUCUCAGAUGAUUACUAUCUCUCUCUCUCUCUCUCUCUCUCUCUCUCUUCUCUCUUUCUCUUCUCCCCCUCUCCCAGAUCUCUGUUUCUCUUUUUCCCCCUCUUUCCCUUCCUUUCGCGGACUCUUUCUCUUUCCCUUUGUUGCUCUCCCGAUCUCUCUCUUGCGCGCGACUUAAGGAUGAUCUAGUCACUAGUUUAUUAGUAUUACUCUAAUACUUCCGUGAUUUUGCACUGGGGGUGCCUUACCGAGAAAAGAGAGUUUGUAAAUGCAAUUUGUUUUCUAGCGUUACCGUUGCGAUAGACGAAAAGAGAAAGAAAGAGGGGAAAGGGCGAGAGGGGUGUAAGGAUGGGGAUAGAGCUGGGGUUGGGGGGUUAAAAGAAUUAUUACGCGAAGUUGCACGGAUUUCUUCUUUUUUGUCGAAAGACAUCGCAGAUCGCGGAAUCGAUCGCCGUAACAUUGCCAUUGCCAUUACGCUUAAAUCGAAGAUCCUGAUAGUAAAGGCGUAAUCACGCUGCACACGUGCUUUAAUGUAUACACAUACAAAUAUGUAUGCAGCGAAAAGAAGAGAAAGAUCGAGGGUAGGGUGGGGGGGGGACGGUCGCGCGGAAAUAAAGAUCGGGCAGAAGAAAUGGGACGGACGCACGCGAAUGGGUACUUACGAUCGCGUUUAAGGAUCAUCAAACCGUUUCGAUCACGUUUCAUCGUCGAAGGAACUAAAGCGACCUAAACAAGGGAGCGGGAUAGGUUACGCGGGGAAGGAGGGAGGGGGAAGAAGAACUAGCGAAGAAGAAAAGGAUUUUUGUUCAUCCUGUGACUACGAUGUUAUUCUCAGGACCUAUCGAUUUCACGCGUGUACGAAGCGCGUAAAUAUAACUAUAUAUACAUAAAUAUACAUAUAUACAUAAAGAAGAGAGAUAUAUUAUAUAUAAAUAUAAUUAUAAAUAUCAUUAUCACACAAGGAGGGGGGGGGGGAUAGUUCGUAUCUCGCGAUUGCGACGAAACGUGUUUCUUCACGGCCGCACGAGGGCAAAGGGUAGGAAAGGGGAAGGGACGAUAGAGAUGGGGCAAGGGUUGUAGAAUUCCGCGAUCGCUCGAUUACGCGAAUUAUAAUCGAGAAUCGCCGUCGCCCGCCGGACCCCGGUAAAAAAAAAAGAAGCUAUAUUUAAAACGUUGGCAAUAUGGGUUUAUUAUUAUACUUCGUCGUGUAAGUUUUACGUUUUUAAGUGCAAGACCGCUGCCAAAUAAUAGAUUAUUAGCGUGUAACGUGUGUACGAGGGUUACAUCUCCAUGAAGUCAGUAGCCGUAUUUUGUAGUUCUAGCUUAACGUUAAUUUCUCAAGCGCCCUUUCGCGAGAAAGAAAGAAAGAGAGAGAGAGAGAGAGAGAGAGAGAGGGAAAGAAAGGGGGGAGGGCACAAAAAGUUAAAAAAAGAGAGAGGGAAGAGAGGAAAAGAGUAGGGGGAGGGGUCAGACCCGAGUGUAGAGAAGGGGUAUAGAAAAAAUGACGAAGGAACACACAGAAGUACGUUAAGCGAAAAGGGAAAGGAAAGGGAGUUUAAAAAAAAAAAAAAACGUUUUCGAGUCUUCGAAGUACCUAAGUCAAGUUAUUACGCCGUAAAUGAAAAAUUAAAAAAAGAGUAUAAGUAAAAAGCAGCGUUCUCUUUAGGUCCGUAUAAUAUAUAUACACAUAUACAAUAGGACUUCUCUCUCUCGUUUGAAAAAAAGGCUUUAAGAGGCCUAUUUAUUGCACCUUAUUCUAGUCUUAAGCACUCUAUAUGCCUUACACUGCCAAAUAAUAAAGACGCGUAUUGUUACGUAUACCUUUGUGUUACACACACGCACACGAACAUACACACACGCACACGAACACACACACACGAACACGAACACACACACACACACACGAACACAGACACACACAUAUACAUACAUACAUAUUCAUACACAGUCGCGGGACAGGCAUACAAACGUUACAAUCAUCGCAGUUCGUCCUCGCUAUCGUCGUCACGACGUCCGUCGUCUUGUUGCGCUCGUCUAACUCACCCUGCCGUCGUAUCUCGACCUUUGCGAAUUUCUUUCAGAGAGAAAUUACAAUUUAAGCCCGCGUCGUUUACCUCCUUUUACUUUCGCGCUUAGCCAUGCACAAGAAGGGCGAGUUACACGCUAAUUAAUUUUACGCGAAAGAUCCCGAAAGAUCAGGCGAAUCCGCCCCGAGCAGAGAGACGUGUGGCCCCAAACGACUUAAACGACCGUACUUCCGCAAUUCCCGAGUAACUCCUAUCGCGAUGCUCGGUUCUCAUUCGGGUUUAACGAGCGAAGGGACUUGAAGAUGUCCGAGAGACGUACAAAAAAAGAAAAAAAAAGAAAAACCGACGCGAAAGGCUCGGAUGUCCUUCGGAGUUUUCUCGUUGUUAACAAAGUGAAAUUAUAAAACGAUCUUGCGACACAGCGAGUGCACAGAUUGAUCGAUUGAUCUCCCUGAUCCGAUUUCGUUCGUUCGAUUUGUUUCUGAUCCAAAGAGAUAAAUGCCGCGAUUAAGAGGUUUUCGAAACGAGAAAAGGAGCAAACGAUGCUCGAUUGUGUGACUCGAGAUUCAAUCCUCGAUAACAUAUAAAAAAAAAACGACAUGUAGACACACGUAGACACAUCUACUACACACAUACACACACAUAUAUAUAUAUUCUCCAUCAUUCGCGAUCGCGUCAUUUUGCCAUUGUGGACCUCGUUUCCGUUUCCUUCUUCGCUCAUCAUCAGCAAAGAGUAAGUCAUCCCGUCCCUUAUUAACUGAGAAGAGCAUAUUAGGAGGAAAAUAUUUUUAUGCGUCAUUAACGCGUUUCUUAUAUUGUAUCUAUGUACUUAAAAAAAACCGCAUUUCUCUCGCCAGUAUAUGAAAAAAUAAAAAAAAAAGUAUCGCGUAGCUGUACUUCCGACGAUUAUGUCUUAACGCGGUUUAAACUAACGAAGACAAACGACUUACGCUGCGAUAGCUGGAGGGUCGUUUCACGGGACGAUCCCGAUUGGGAGAGAGAAUGUGUACAGGAUGUGUUUCCCCGGGAUCCUCGACUUUAAUUUUAACGACAACGAGUUCCUCGACAAGCUCACAGUCCUCUCGCCUUUCGAAAAAUAAAAGAAACGUCAUAUAUUCUCCAUCCAUUUUUCUUUUAAAUCGAUUAUUAAAUGAAACAAAGGAGAAAAACAAGAGGAUCGAAAGAACAAUAUUUCGUUGUUCACUUUUAUCGCGGACUAUUAAUUUGAAACAAUUUUUAUUAAUGGUUAAUCAACGAUAAAUAAUUAUGAUCGUCAAUAAAAAAAAUGAUCGUCAAUUCUUCCAAUUGAGAAGGGGUUUACUGUGGGAUCGGUAUCGAAGGAGCCGUCGUUAAAGUUAAGGCUCAAAGAUCGAGGCUCCCCUGCGAGUCGCACAGCUAACACACGACGCGAGAAACCGGUGAUCGACCAGAUUGUUUCGCGUCGCAGAGUUAUAUUCUUGUCCGUGUGUGUCGAUAUAUACAUAUUAAGGAUUUAUUUGUAUAAGCGAAAAUAAUUCUCUCACCGUUUCCGAGCCUUGUAAAUCCGCCAGAGCUGCUGGAAAGUUCUAAGAUCAGCGUGCUUUCACUUCUUCACCUUCUUCUUACUUUCGUAGGCUUUCGGGGGCAGGGGAAAGGAAGUAAAAGGGGGGAAAAAAACGAAUCGUCGUGUCCGUUGUCGUUCGAGACGACCGAUAUUCGGUACUUGAUCGGCUCUCCGCCGGCCGUCGUCCGCACGCGCGUUUUCCCCCACCGAAGAUAUUGUAUAGGCGACAUUGUUAAUUAUACGGAAACGCGAGUGCGGAUCGCGGAUGAGCCCUGCUCCAAUUCUCGGGUUCGGUUGCAUCCCGGGCUGGUCAGAGACCAACUCUCGUGCGCGAUUAACACUGUCGUGCGUGGCUACCACGCUUUAAAGCUCGAUAAAUCGUUCUCCCUCUCCAGAAUAAAAAAAAUGGUAGGAAAUAUUAACGAAGAGAAGGGCAAUUAAUACAUCAUAUUAAUUGCGUCGGUUAUCUUAUUCCGGGCUUAGAACGCUCCGAAACUCUCUCUGUAUUUUCACCCUUCACUCAUCAAUCCGGGAAACGACAGAUGGGAGAUAGAAAAUGGGAGACGAAUGAGAAACCGAGAGAGAGAGAGAGAGAGAGAGAGAGAGAGAGAGAGAGAGAGAGAGAGAGAGAUAUCUCUCUACUCGAGAUCGAGAUGCAAUCGGGCGACUCAGUGGUGCAACGUCGAGCGAUGCACUCGCGGCCGAGUUCCUCGUCGAACGUCGUGCGUCGUAUCAAUAACGACGCGAUAUUAACCCGCUGGCGGUCGCCACACCCCGCGAACGGGUAUUCCUCAGAGUUCCACUUCCGGUCGCAACGGAGCAUUGCUGCGAGGUCACCGGCUGGCGCCGGUGCGUUAACGUCGCUGCGAUUGUUGCGUAACAAUGGUACCACCCCCUCUCCCCUUUUCCCACCCCGACCCGCUACCCUCGUGCGUGUAUCUCUUCCGAGCAAUGCUGUCGUUUCUCGAGCAGUCGUUCGUUAAAAGAAAAGAAAAAAAAAACGUUUCUUCUUGCUCGCUCGAAUAAAGCUCUCUAGUCUUUGUAAAUAGCGUUAAGUAUAUAUAUAUAUAUAUAUAUAUAUAUAUAUAUAUAUAUAUAUAUAUAUUAUAUAUAUAACAAAAUAGUACGCUUCCCUAGAAAGUAUAGUGAUAUUAUCGAGCACGCGAUUUAUAGAUCUUUCCGAAGGAGCCAACGGGUUAAUGUCGCGUGCCCCACGAUCCGCGAUAACUCACGGAUAAUUCUCUCAGGAUCUUGUUAACGCACGCGCUUCGCGGUUUGUUCUUCUUUGUCUCUCUAUUUUUUUUUCUUCUUUUGUAAUUGCGACGCUCACCUCUCAGGCGGUAGCGUGAACGAUUCGCGAUACUUCCGACCCCCCCCCACCGGAAAUGAAAGAAUCUCUCGUCGGGAGUGUCUCUCUCUCUUCACGCUACCGCACGUCUCACGUACGAAGGAAAGUAAGGAUCGAGCCAUUCGAUCGAAACCUGAAGAGAGAAAAAUUCGCCGCGCGAAGCGUCAAAAUGUUGUACAGUAAUCGCACGAUUAUAUAUCGCUACGAUCUAGUCAUUGUCGUUGUAAGUCAUUUACCUCUCUGCGCCGGUGCGUCUAAUCGUCUAAAUACGGUAAAUACGCGCGCGGAUUAAAUUACGCAGACACCUGUAAGACAAAAAAAAAAGAAAAAGGGGGAGAGUUUAAAAAUGCUUUCGAUAACAAAUGUAUCUCAAAAUAAACGUUGAUGAUCGUUUUACAGACAUUGAACAUGGCGUAUUUCUUCCGUGCUAGAUACACCGUUUUCUACACCGUCGUCGUACAUACAAAGAAGUUCGAUUACUCGGCGGGCCCGGGUAUCCUCGCGUUAACGAAAAAAUAAAAAAAAGAGAGAAAAAAAACGACAUAAUCGGUGUCGUGUCGUUGAAGGUGUUUUGAAUCGCGUCGAAGGAGACAAACCCGCGCGCGUACUUACGCAACUCAGCGUGUAACUUCGCAUACCUCGUUUUCGCAUCUUGGAUUCGCGACCGGGACCCGAAGGGUCGGCGCGAGGCUAAAACGCGAGGAGAAAGAAGAGAUCCAUCGGGCCGUCUCGCGAUCGACCUUUUUUUUUCUUUUUCUUCUAAGUGUACGCUCGACACUCGACGCGUACAUGUACACAUAUACCACGCCCGCAUGUCUAUAUAUGUACAUGUACAGAUGUACAUACGCACCUAUAGUUAUACUUAGUAUAGUAGGGGCUUCGAUCUCGAGGCAGAACUCGGGAUUAUUCCAGUUCCGACCGCCGGCCGUUCGUUUAAAACGAGGGCGCGGAAAGAAAACGUGAGUAUGCGAAGAGAGGCCGUAUAAGAGAGCUGUAAGAAGGCUCAUUUACAUGAGCGAUAGGGAAAAAGAACAGGAGCGAAAGAGAUAUUUGCGCUGUGUGAUGUGCCGGAUAUGUGAAGUAGAGCCCGUAUCAAACUGCUUGUUGGAGAUCGAGGUUUGCGAAAUGGAGAUUUGCAUUCGAUCGAUCGGAACGGAUAAAAAUUAAAAUUACCCGAUUGAUCGAAUUGUACUAGCUAAAUUUCCGUAGGGUGUGAAAAUUGAAAGAUUGUUCUCGAGUAAUUUACCACUCCCAUAAAAAAAAAAACACUCCUGUAAGGAUCCUAUUCGCAAGAGAAAAAAUGAUUCUCGGGAAAAUUUUUUUUUUUAUAUAAUUGUAUACAAUAAUUUAAUGCAUAAUUAUAUAUGAUCACAUAUAAUUUUAUAUAAAUUAUCAUAUAUAAUUCUAUGUAAUAAUUAUAUAUAAUCUUACACAUAAUUGUAUAUAAAAAUUUUUUUCCCGGAUUGCAAUAAGUCAAUUAUAAUAAUUCAUAGUUAUUUUCUGUGCCAACUAUAUAUUUAUAAUUGUUUUACCUAUGCAAUUGUUUCACCAUGAGGCUAUUAGUCAUUAUUAUUACAUAAAUAUUAAGCGAAUGUUAACAAAAUAUGUAUAUUUAUUAUAAUUGUGAUUGUAUUUACUACACAGCAAUGUUUAUUUUAUUUUUAUCCAUUUUCGGAUAACAAUGAAAUAUUCAUCUAUAUUUUACUAUAUAAAAUUUUACCAUAUUAAUAUUAGUAAAAUUUUGUAAAACUAUAAACACGAAGCUAUUAUUAUUAGCAUAGCAAUAAUUAUAAAAAUGGAGCUCUAAACCAUGAAUUAUUUUACCAUGCAAUUAUAGCCAGGAAUACCAAACGCCUUUUUCUCAGUGCAGUCCUAGAGGAAUGAAUUUUAACUCUUGCAAAAUCAAAAUCACUCGAACAAUUACACAAGUUCCACUUUCGCUCUACGAGAUUUAGAGAGUAAUCUUGAAUUCGCGCAAUCCCCGAUCUCUAAUGCAUAAUCUGAUACGGGCUUAACAAUGUGCCCGCUGUGCGAUUACUGAGAAUCUCUGUUCGUAGCUCUCUCGGGGGUCUCUGUUGUUAUCUAAUUUUACGAGAUACGGUGAGGGAUCGUCUCGUGCGCGCGGCGAGAGGAGUCGCCGAUUGUAAAAUUACUUAAUUAAUUAAGUAAGCAGCGAAUAACACACAUUAUUUAUUGCGGUUAAAGUGUGGUGAAUUUUAGGGAAGUUAUUGCUAUUACGUUUCGCCGAGUGCAUUGAAAAGUUAACAAUAAAGCGGGGAAGAAAGAAAGGCAGAAAAAAAAUGAGGGAUUUGUUUCUCACGUGCAAUCAAUUAACCAAGUGUGAAGAGAGAGAGAGAGAGUGGCACUUAUAUAUAAUAAUCAUAUGGACAUAUUAAAAUUAAAAGCGAUAAUUAAUAGCGGUAAUGAGUGUGGGAAGAAUUAAACUGUGGAUUUUGAACUUGCGAAAGUCUAAUUAAACGUUAAAUAAAUAAAGUACACGAUUAUUCCCA